UGCGCAGGCGCGGCCAUUUUCGCCAUCGGCCUGUGGGUUCGCUUCGACAAAGACAUGGACGAGCAUGUGAACGGACUCGGCAUGCACUUCUACUGGACGGGCACCAGCAUCAUCAUGGGCGGCGCGGCGCUCGUCAUGAUCACGUCCUUCAUCGCCUGCUGCGGCGCUUUCUUCAGGAGCAAAUUUCUGAUGCUCGUCUACAAGAUCAUGACGGUGGUGACUUUCGGCCUCCUGCUGGGGGGAUCCGCCUACGUGCUGGACAACGGCCUGGAGGACUCGCGCAUCUACCCGUGGCUGCAGGAGGCCAUCAGGAACAAGAUCUACCAGUACCAGUGGGACGUCUCGGCUAGGAGGACCGUCGACAUCCUUCAGGAAUAUGUCGGAUGCUGCGGUGGGUACUCUGCCGGCGACUACGGGGAAAUUCACUUACCUGUUCCAGACACCUGUCGAGAUCAGGUCACAGGAAACCAGUACGGGGAUUCUUGCGCUGAGAUCUUCUCCCAGUACCUCGAAGUCCGAACCGGCUGGAUCACUGGCCUCUCCCUCUGCCUGUGCUUCUUCCAGUGCUUCGCCAUGAUGUUCGCCUUCUGCAUGUGGCAGGCGCUCAAGGAGAUACAGAAAGGAAACUAAUCACAAAAUUCGUCCGGUCAAAGGAUCGCAGAAGAAAAUGUAUAUGUUAUAUGUCCUUGUGUCCUUUGUCAGCGCCUAAAAAGUUUUAUACCUCACUCUUUUAUAAAUCCUGAAAAAAACGAAUGUUUGCAUUGUCAUGUGUAGCUCCAUUGUGGUGUGGAUGUACAUUGAAUUUGUAUACGGUGCAAAAGUGACAUCGUCUUGCGAUUAGAUUUAUUUUGGUUGCUCAUACACCUGCCCUUUUUUAUGAUUUGUACUGUAAGAAUGAUGACAUUAAUUUACUCUGUGAGUAGAAAACUGUCCAACUAUAUUUGGAAAACGAAAGUUAAGUGGAUGCUGACAAUAAACUGGUUAUUCAAGAACCUAGGUUCAUCGGUAGCUUCUAAAAUUAACAAUGUGUUUUCGUUUCUGAAAUGUCUUAUGGAAUAAGAAUUACCUUCUAAAGCCACCAGCCUGACUCGAUCCUAAGCCCUGGGCCACCUCAGGACCAAGGACCUUACCACGGACGCCCAAUGUUCCCCGCAUAUGUUGGUUACAUUACGAAACACUCUGCAAGGCUUGCAGUAACUAUGCUGACUACGAAUGCCUUUGUGCUAUAUCUGGCUAAUAGUUGUAAUAAACUUGUAAGACGAUCAUAGACUAUAUACCAAUACUGCCCAGGAGAAAAUUGUAGGAUUUGGACAAAGAACGUUCCUUGACUUGUAGCAUGGUUAGGUCAGACAAGGUUAAGGGGACCUCGGCUUAACAAAGGAAUACCCCAGAAAGGUGGCAAAGGGCUUGCUCUUUUCUGGCAGAUUAUUCUCCAUUCGCCAUUGUAUAUUUGUACCGUGUAUACUCCAUUCAUUGCUAGAUACAGCAGGAAGCUCAUUUACAUCAUUUAGCUCUGAACUGAUUCUAUAGGGACCAUAGUGGCGAGGUCGAAUGGCAUUGCAGUCUGACGAAACCAAUUAAGUCGGCUUCCUUUGGAUUGCCUAAUAAUGUAUUUUUGCCCUGUAAUCUACACUGUAUUAGGUAAAUAAGUUUACUAAUAUUCUUUUUGAAUUUUUGGAAUAAAAGUGAUUUAUCAUAUAAA